AUGGCCCAUCUGAUCGAGGAGAGGGGCCAUUAUGCCCCAGAUGGAUCAUGGCAAUUAUCCAUUCUGGUCACCGAUAUGAAUAUUCAGCGAAACCUCUACGUGACAGGCGAGGAGCACAUCGGCGGCUUGAUGCUGAAGCUCGUCAACGAGAUUGGCAUGUCUUUAAAGCCUCUAAAAUUAAAUCAUCGACUUUUAUACGUUUUUCACCUGUUUCCGGUCCACAUCUCGCGCGAUUGGUCGGAUCACGCGCUGUGGUGGCCGGACAAGCGCCAAUGGCUCAGGCACACCAGGAGCACGCUCGAUCAGAAAGGCAUCACGGCCGAGACGCAGCUCGAGUUCACCCCCAUCCACAAGGAGGCCAAGGUGCAAUUGCCGGACAAGCAGCUGAUCGACGCGCGGCUCGACUUUUCGGUCAACGUCUUCCAAUGCACCCAAAAGCUGUGCCGCGAUAUUGGCAUACGGUACUCCGAGGAGCUCUCCCUCAAACGCUACAUCCCGCCGGACGUGAUGCGCCGCAACGCCACCUACGACGACGGGCCGGUGCCGAUCAGACCGGGCGAGGAAUCCGUCGGCCCGAUGACGAUCCGCAAGGCUGCGCCGAUUUUCGCGUCGCAGUCGAAUUUGGAUCGUCGCCGUCAUCAAUCGCCGGCCCUCUCCACCCAGGGCCACGUCUUCAACGCGUACGAGAUGGGCACGCUGCCCCGCCAUGGGAAUACGCUGCCCCGCGGUGUCAGCCCGGGCCCGGGAGCCUACAACGACACGAUGCGGCGCAACAUGAUGCCGUCCAUCUCGUUCUGCGAGGGGCUCGAAAACGAGAAUUUCGACCAGGCGCUCGUCCAUUCCCCACGCAUCGCUCCCACGAAGGACACUCCCGUCUUCCGCCCGCAAAACCUCGUCGAGAAGGCGGCGCUGAACCGCGGCUGGCUCGACAGCAGCAGGUCGCUGAUGGAGCAGGGCGUUUUCGAGGGUGAUAUCGUCAUCCUCCAGUUCCGCUUCAUGUCCUUCUUCGACCUGAAUCCGCGGUACGACCCGGUGCGCAUCAACCAGCUGUACGAGCAGGCCAAAUGGAGCAUCCUCUUCGACGAGCUGGACCACACCGAGGAGGAGGCCAACCUCUUUGCCGCCCUGCAGCUCCAAGCCACGCUGCAGCGCGAUUCGCCGGAACCGGAAGAUCGCGGCAAGGACGACGUGGAUAUCAUGCUCGACGAGCUGGAAAACAGCUUGGACGCGGCCGCCUUCUCAAAGCGCGCCGAUCUCACCGAGGUCCCAUCGCUCGCCGACUACCUCAAAUACAUGAAGCCGAAAAAGCUGGCGUUCAAGGGGUUCAAGCGGAGCUACUUUGUGUUCCGCGACCUCCGGCUGUCGUACUACAACAGCCCCGCCGAGCAGGCCGGCCCACCGCUGGGUGAUUUCGUCCUCAGAGGCUGCGAGGUCUCACCUGACGUGUCCGUCUCCCAGGGCAAAUACCAAAUCAAGCUGCUCGUCCCCACGGCCGAGGGGAUGACCGACGUCAUCCUCAAGUGCGAGACGGAGAACCAAUACGCACGUUGGAUGGCCGCCUGCCGCUGCGCUUCACGCGGUAAAACCAUGGCCGAUGCCUCCUAUAUGCAAGAAGUCGAAUCCAUCAAGCACCUCCUCAACAUGCACACCGGAACCCUCCCGCGCGGCGAAAACGGCGCGGCCGGCGGCAAAAAGGCGGCCCCAGUGAAAUUGCCCAACGAUUUCAACGUCGAUGAAUACCUCAGCCAGAGAUAUGUCAAGAGGCGCAGCAAGCAGCAGAUCCAACAAAAAGUGUCCGACACCCACUCGAGCAUCAAGCAACUCACGGCAACCGAGGCGAAACUUCAAUACAUUCGAGCGUGGCAGGCCCUGCCCGAACACGGAAUGCACUACUUUGUCGUCCGCUUCCGCAACUCCAACCGAAAAUCGGACCUUAUUGGCAUCGCCAACAACCGCAUCGUCAAGUUCAACCAGGAAAACGGGGACACGCUGAAGACGUGGCGGUACACGUCGAUGAAGAAGUGGCAUGUCAACUGGGAAAUUCGCCAUCUGAAGGUGCAAUUCAACGAGGAGGACAUCGAGUUCAAGCCGUUGUCGGCCGAUUGCAAGGUGGUGCACGAGUUCAUCGGCGGCUACAUCUUCGUGUCGAUGCGCAGCAAGGAGCAGAGCCAGACCCUCAACGAAGAGAUGUUCCAGCAGUUGACCGGCGGAUGGGGA